AUUCAUUCCUUAACCGACAAGCCCACCAUGUUUCUUCCUUCUUAAGUUUCACUAUCUUCAUAAGCACCUUCUCCGUCACCUUGCUUAACCCAAUCGAUCUUCUUCACCCCGCGCACGCUCGCUCGCUCAUCGAAUCCUUCUAUCGCCAUGUCUUCGCCAAAGCGCUCUGAAAAUCCCGCGAACCCGCUCUACCCAGAAGUGAUCCUGUCCAACCCAGAAGCGACUUCGCCGUUCUACGCGACCCCCGCCACUUCGUCGUCUUCUUCCCCGUCUCUGUAUCCUCCCGUCGACAUGACAGACGCUGCCGAGAACCUCUUCCCCGAAAGCGACAACCUUUAUGCCCAACCGUCGGAAGAAACGCUCGUGAAGGUCCCCGGCGCGAUGGUCCACCUCAUCCAAACCGAGAAAAGCAUCGAACUUGCUUGCGGCGAACUCACCAUAGUCGGCCUCCGGCAGGGCGACAAUGUGAUCGCGGUGCUCGCGCGCGUCGGCGACGAAAUCCAGUGGCCCCUGGCCAAGGACGAGCCGGCGGUCAAGCUCGACGACACCCACUAUUUCUUCACCCUGCGUGUGCCGGCGGAUGGUGGGGAUUCGGACCGCGGGGAGGGGGGCGAUUUCGAGAUGCUGAAUUACGGACUGACUUUCGCGGCGAAAGGGCAGGAUGGCUUGCUGAAGGAGUUGGAUAGGGUUUUGGAGGCGUACAGUUGCUUCUCGGUGCAGGAGGUGAAGGAGAUGGAGAACUGGGAGAUGGUGGCGAGGGAGCUGUCCCCGGACGACUUGAGGUCGAAGGAGAAGAAGCAGUUGGUGGAGGAGAACUCGGCCGCGUAUUGGACAGCGUUGGCGCCCAACGUUGAGGAAUACAGUGGGCGGGUCGCGAGGCUGAUCGCGGCCGGGUCGGGGCAGCUGAUCAAGGGCAUUCUGUGGUGUGGUGAUGUAACGGUGGAGAGAUUGAAGUGGGCGGAUGAGUUCCUUAGGAGGAGGUUGGGCCCUGCUUCUAAGUCAGAGAUCAGUGCAGGAGCAAUGGAGAGGAUUAAAAGGGUUAAAAAGCUGACGAAGAUGUCAGAGGACGUGGCGACUGGAAUUCUUUCUGGAGUGGUGAAAGUAUCCGGCUUCAUCACUGGUUCAAUUGUAAAUUCCAGAGCCGGCAAGAAAUUUUUCAGCCUCCUUCCGGGAGAGAUUGUGCUCGCUUCUUUGGAUGGGUUUAAUAAGGUUUGCGAUGCUGUUGAAGUUGCUGGAAAGAAUGUCAUGUCAACAACAUCAGUGGUGACAACUGGACUCGUUUCACAGAGGUAUGGAGAACAAGCGGCUCAUGCAACAAACGAAGGCCUAGAUGCUGCAGGACAUGCUAUCGGGACUGCUUGGGCCGUGUUUAAGAUAAGAAAGGCCAUUAAUCCAAAGAGCGUUUUGAAACCAACGACUCUCGUAAAAGCUGCCGCUGAGGCCAAUUCUGCUGACGUGAACGCCAAAGGCAAGAAGAAUGGCAGUUGAGGAGAGUUCUCUUCCUUAUGGCUGCUUAUCUUAAGGGAGAACAGGCACAUUCUUAUGGAAAAUAAGAAAGGGGAGAGAGGAAAAGAGAGAUGAAACAUUGCAUAAUCUAUGUAUAAAAGAGUUCUGCCUUUACUUUUUCGUGUGUAAAUAAUUAGUGGGAUGAUCUUUUAUAGGGUUUGCAGUAGAGCAGUUGUUCUGGAAUCUGUUCGUUGCUUUUCUUUGGCGUUAUUUGGUGAAUGUGCAUGAAGUUCCCUGCUUUUAUCUCA